CUCCUCCAGAACUUGGGAAGAAGGACGACACAUUACCACUCCUUGAUAUUCUUGCCAAACCCAUUUGUGUAAUCUACCUUGUGGGAUCAUAUAGCUUGCUGUGCUAGUUUUGCCGAAAUUGUUGUUCCUAUUUUUGACCCUUGCUCGCUCUCUGGAGCACCACCUCCUUUCCAACGCCUUCCGCCAUGUCUGUCAGCAUUAGAUCGGCUAGACUUGUGCGCAACAAUGCUGCAUUGCGCCCCUGUUUGAUCGCCCGACCACGCUUUACUGGUGCACUGGGCGCAAGCUCGGCCGCCAAUUUCCGGAUCAAUGGCCGGGGUCUUCCAUCCGACAUACAAGCCCUCGCAGUUCUGGUCCCUCACCGUGGAUAUGCCACGGAACAAUCCACUUCUACCUCAUCUUCCUCGAAUUUCCCUCCGCCCGUCUUCAAUGCCGAGCAAGCGAAAAAGCCCAUCGUACCAGAAACCUCGCAGCCUGCCAAGCUGUGUCAACAAGUUAUUCCUAAAUCAGAAUUACCAGUUACCCCGACGAGCAAUGUCCCGAGCAAAGAUAAGUUAAGCGAUGCAGGAGCAGCGAAGGAGGCUACUGAGGAGAAGAAGGAGCAAAAGAAAUUGACCCUUGGGCAAAAGAUUAAGAAGGAAGCCCAGCAUUAUUGGGAUGGUACCAAGCUUUUGGCCACGGAAGUCAAGAUUAGUUCAAGACUAGCAUUGAAGAUGGCAGCGGGCUAUGAGCUGAGCAGAAGGGAACACCGACAGCUUCAACGAACAGUCAAGGAUCUUGGUCGCCUGGUCCCCUUUUCUAUGUUUGUUAUCAUUCCUUUCGCAGAGUUGCUACUCCCUGUGGCUCUUAAGUUGUUCCCUAAUAUGCUGCCAAGCACAUACGAGGGACAGAAAGCACGCGAGAAGAAAGCAUUGAGCUUGAGCUCCACACGGAAAGAGGUCUCUGGAUUCUUGAAAGACACUCUUAAAGAGAGUGGCCUUCCUGUGACCGCUGCUACCGUCAAGAAUGACGAGUUCGCAGAGUUCUUCAAGAAAAUUAGGACAACCGGAGAAGCACCCUCUACCGAGGAUGUCAUCAAAGUUUGCAAGGUCUUCAAAGAUGAUCUGACCCUGGACAACCUUUCUCGCCCUCAACUGGUUGGUAUUUGCAAGUAUAUGAACCUGAACUCAUUCGGCACUGAUGCCAUGCUCCGGUACAACAUCAGACAUCGCAUGCGGCAGAUCAAGCGCGACGAUCGCGCUAUCUUCUACGAGGGUGUUGAAUCGCUUUCCGUUCCAGAAUUGCAGAUGGCAUGCGCCUCACGUGGUAUCCGCACUCACGGCGUAUCUCCUGCUCGUUUGCGCGACGAUAUGUCGACAUGGCUGGAUCUGCGUCUCAAGCAAGGCGUUCCGUCUACCCUUCUUGUUCUGAGCAAUGCAUAUGUUUACGCACAGGGUGGCAAGGAGACAGAAAUGUCCUCUCAGAUCGAAGCUCUCCAGUCGGUUCUGUCAAGUAUCCCUGAGGAGUUGUUCCAUGAAAUUGAGUUGGAGGUUCAUAACGCCGAAGGUGCUGCUACAAACAAGCAGCGUCUGGAGGUCAUUAAGGAGCAGCAAGAGCUCAUUGAGGAGGAGAACGAGCAGAACAGCGAGAACGAGGAGAAGGGCGUCGUUGCACCCAAGGAUCAUGAAGAUAUUGAUGAUAAAGACGAUGUGAAUAUUGAGGCUAAGUACCAGUCGCAAUCCGGGGAGGCAGCUGAGGCUGUGGCUGAGGGCGACAAGGUAGAGGAGGCGCAGUUGAAAGGCUCAUCCGCCCAGGCAAAGGAAGUGAAAAAGGAGACAACUUCUGCCUAGGAAACCUCCGGAUUUGCACUGCAUGACACAUAGACUUUCCCUUCAUUCCCGCUCUUCAUCUUUCUUGGUUGUGUUAUUGUUGAUACGAUAGACUAUUUCCUUGUUUAAUCUCCUUGAACUUGACCACAAACCUCUGUGGUUAGCUACCAUCCGUCUCUCUGUUAUAUUAUAUGUAUCAUCUUCUUAUUCAGUGAUAUCUGGCUAAAUGGACAUAGAAAAUUAUGUGGAAUAUAUCCGACUUUACGUCCUUGUCCUCCCAAUGACCUUCCUGUUCUUUGCAAAAGAGUGUAUAGCCUCAGCAUGGUGACAAUAAAAUGUAUUGCUGGAAUACAUAGUAUGAUCAGCUUCUAGCCUCCUCUCCCGAUAGCUAGUUAGGUACGUUUAUGUUGC